GGGGCCGCGGCCGCUCCGCGGCGUCCUGCAGGGGGCGGGGCUCCGUUGCCAGGGUAACCGGGCGUCGGUGUCCGAGCUGGUGUCUUCCUGUGGCAGUGCUACCCAUUUCUGUGUGCUGAGCUCCUGAGACUAUGAAUCAGAGUGAAAGAUUCGUUUUCAUCACAGAGUGGUAUGAUCCAAACGCUUCGCUUUUUCGACGGUAUGAGCUUUUGUAUUACCCAGGGGACGGAUCUGUUGAAAUGCAUGACGUGAAGAACCGCCGCACCUUCCUGAAGCGGACCAGGUAUGACGGCCUCCACCUGGAAGAUCUGUUCAUCGGCAACAAAGUGAACGUCUUCUCCCGGCAGCUGGUGCUGAUUGAUUACGGGGACCAGUACACAGCUCGCCAGCUGGGCAGCAGGAAAGAAAAAACUUUAGCCCUGAUUAAGCCAGAUGCCGUUUCAAAAGCUGGAGAAAUAAUUGAAAUAAUAAACAAAGCUGGAUUUACUAUCACCAAACUCAAAAUGAUGAUGCUUUCAAGGAAAGAAGCAGCAGAUUUUCAUAUAGACCAUCACUCAAAGCCCUUUUUUAAUGAGCUGAUCCAGUUUAUUACAAGUGGUCCUGUUAUUGCCAUGGAGAUUUUAAGAGAUGAUGCCAUAUGUGAAUGGAAGAGACUUCUCGGACCUGCCAACUCUGUGGUGGCGCGUGCGGAUGCGCCCGGAAGCAUCCGAGCCCUCUUUGGAGCCGACGGCAUCAGGAAUGCAGCCCACGGCCCCGACUCCUUCGCCUGUGCGGCCCGAGAAAUGGAGUUAUUUUUUCCUUCGAGUGGAGUCUGUGGACCAGCAAACUCUGCUAAAUUUACCAAUUGUACCUGUUGCAUUAUUAAGCCCCAUGCCAUCAGUGAAGGAAUGCUGGGGAAGAUUCUAAUGGCCAUCCGAGACUCAGGCUUUGAGAUCUCAGCUAUGCAGAUGUUCAACAUGGACCGAGCUAACGUUGAAGAGUUUUACGAAGUUUAUAAAGGAGUGGUGUCUGAGUAUAACGAGAUGGUGACAGAAAUAUAUUCUGGCCCUUGCGUGGCAUUGGAGAUCCUGCAGACGAACCCUGCAAAGACCUUCCGAGAGCUCUGUGGGCCUGCGGAUCCUGAAAUUGCCCGGCAUCUGCGCCCCGGCACCCUCCGGGCGGUCUUCGGCAAAUCCAAGAUCCAGAACGCCGUGCACUGCACCGACCUGCCAGAGGACGGGCUGCUGGAGCCUCCUGGGCAAAUGCAAGUCUGAGUCCUCACAUCGCGAAAGUCCUCGUUGUUACUGCCACAGAUGCACACUGAACUCCUUCUGUUUCCUGGGGAUCCGAAGCUGUAAGGGACAAGUGCAUACAUAUGAAGCAAUAUUUUGUCAGACUAGUUAUAUCAUGUUCUUAAUUCUUAAAAUAUAUUCCCAUAAUUUAUAUCCCCCUAUAAAUACAAAUAGAGAUCAGAAAAGAGAAGUGAGAAGCCGCAACAAUUAGGAAAAAUCUUAUAUGGAGACUUAACUAGACAUGAAAUGAAGGUAAGAAAAGUUGAACACUAUGCAAAGAGAGAGGAUUUUGAAUAAAGACAUGGGAGAGACUGCACCUGCUGGCUGGAGUGAACAGGGCUGUGUAGUAGGAACAGGUGUGGAAGAUGAGCUUAAGUAAACAGGUAGGUGCCAGAAGGUAGAGAAGCCUUCAUCUGGGGCUUGGAGUUCAGAAUUUCAGGAACAGAAUAAUUAUUCCACAUGGAUACCCAAUGCAGGUUUGUAAAAUCUGCCCCAGUCUUUUUAGGUGGGUGGUUGCUCUGUUCAGUGGCUCCAUAAGCACAGAACCGGGCUCUCCAGGGAGCAUGAGGUUACAAAAUGUGGAGCCUUUGUGGGAGGAACUCUUCUCCAAUAUCUCAUUUAUCAACAAAAGCGCUAGCUGGUUGCCGACAACUGGGAGUACAGUAGAAAUCCUGAAACUGAUUUCAGCAGGAAAGUGACGGUUUUCACAAAAUGGGUUUGUGGCAUUUUCUGGACAGAAAGCGCUCUGGAACUGGCCGCUCCCUCUGCCCGCCUGGAGUCCAGUGGCUCCGUCCUUGCUGUGAUUUGAUCUUAGACACACCACCAAGGACUUAGUCCAUCAUGGGACUAAUGAAGUAUGAGCUACUGAUAGGAAUUAAAUGAAAACAAAGAUGUUCUGUAUGAGUCACUCAGUGGCCACAUCUGAGUGCCGAGCUGCUGGACCGUCUCCACACUAAAUCCCCAGCGAUAUUUAAUGGCGUAGUAAUGGGAACCAGGUAAGAGGUCAUGGAAAUUAGCUUCAUUUCAUAACGGCUAUACCACAAACAUCACUGGGCAUUCCACCAGCAUCAUUUCUGGUCAACGAUAUUUUAAAUUAUACUAAGGUUAAGAGAGGUUCAUUUGUACCCAUGCUUUCCUUGUGUCAUCAAAAAAGAGGGAUACAGUUUUUAAAAGAAAGAUGUAAAUAAUGUGUUUAUAAGCUAAAGGAAAUGAAGCAAAUAAUAUGUUUUCUAUUCAAAGGGACAUGUAGAGAUUUUUGCUAGUUCUUUGGUAAUGACAGCAAAGCACAUGAUGAGUGUGUCCUAGCUGGGGAUUUUAUGACUAAUUCCAUUCCCAUGAGAUGAAUACAUAUUAUUUUUCUUCCUCCAAGCACAAGCUGUUUCAGCCAUUCAGUAGCUGUCACUUUGGUUUAGGGAGCACUUUUUUUUCCCAUUAUAGUCAAAGGUUAGAUUCAGGUUCCCUAACUUAAAACAUGAUGCUGUACAUUUAAAUCCAUAGCUCUAGACAAAACCAAUAGGGAAUAACCUAUGCAAGAAGAGAUCAAUGUUUCUAACAUUAUUUUGAGUAUUAACGUCCAAAUUAGAAGCGUGGUCGAGUUUUACAGUGUCGCUGAAGGGCUCACAAAUUCCUUCCACUACCAACUAAACCAGCGUUCUCAACCUGUGGGUCGAGAACAAUGAAAAUACAUCCUGCAUAUCAGAUAUUUACAUUAUGAUUCAUAACAGUAGCAAAAUUACAGUUAUGAAGUAGCAACGAAAAUAAUUUUAUGGUUGGGGGUCACCACAACAUGAGGAACUGUAUUAAAGGAUCGCGGCAUUAGGAAGGUUGAGAACCACUGCAAACCCACAAGUAGAGAAGUAGUAGGUUAGUUAAGAUUAUUAAGCAGCGUGGACUAGUAGUUCCCCUGGUAUCUGUGAAUGUAGAAGCCCUCAGGGCUGAUGUACUUACUUAAUCUCAGCCUUAGGGUCCAUAAGCCCGUGGUUCACCCUUAGCACUACAUUUUCGACCAGAGGUUAGGUUUCUAUAUGAGCUGAAGGACUUCCUUUUUUUUUU